CUCCCGCACGUGACUUUUAUUUUAUUUUUUUUAUUUUCUUAACUCCUGAAACGUUCCAUAGCUCCUGCUUUUUUCAGCCCCGAGUCCAACCUCCAUCCCCCGCUCUCUCUCUCUCCCCAAUGACUUCCCUUUUUCUCUCUAACACAGACGCCACAACAACAAGUGCAAAGAAAGAAGAAACAUGAAAACUUCACGCACCCGUCUACCCUAUCAAAUUACAAAGGAAGAGUCCACACUACCCAACUCUCUCUCUCUCUCUGUUUCUUCAAUGGCCCAACUGGACCAAAAUUGAUGUGGAAGAAAAACAAAAAAGAAGGAAAGAAAGAAUGGGAAAGAAAAGAAAGAGAAGAUAGAUAGAAGCUUUCAAUUAUCAUCCAAACAAACCAACUCUCUCGUAAAAACAUGUUCCCAAGAAUACCCUUCUGCAACCCCUAAAAAAUCCCAAUUUUUGUAACUGUUGUUCAAAAGAGCAUUAUUUUUCACCGAGCUAUGUGAGCUUUUUUGGGUUUCUUGUUUUGUUAGAGUUUCACAGAGGAAACAGGGAAAGUGCUUUAUCACAAAUUUUUGUACAAAUUUGAGGGAAAUCACAGAUCAGAAAUCUCAAAGAAGAGCGAAGGAAGGGAGAGCUCCAGAAGAGCGAAAGAAGGGAGGGGAAAUUGCCGUUUCGUGCUUUGGGUGGGACUGAGCUACAGAACCGGUUCACUUGCUAAACCCGGUCUGCCACAUAGGGUGUAGGGUAUCAUGGAAAAAAUGGAGGGUGAAAGCUCAUUAUCUCGAUCUCGUGCCUUUUAUGCUCCUCUCCUUCGAGCUGCCCUAGAAGAUGACUGGAAAGCUGCUGAAACUUUUAUUGAGAAAUAUCCAAACUGCGUUAGAGCCGCCUUAACAAAAGAGCAAGGGACAGUUCUUCACGAUGCUGCAGCUGCAAAACGCACCCGUUUUGUUAAAAAAACUGGUGAAAUUGAUGACACCGGAAGAAUUAGAAUUGACAACCAACCAAAACUGCACGGCCCUUUGUUUUGCCGCUCAAUCAGAAAUUGUACCAAUUGCAAAGGAGAUGGUGAAAAGGAACAGAAAUCUGCCAUCGAUAUUCCCCAAGAAUUGCACCAAUUGUUUACCACUUUUUGCGGCAAUAAUGACCGGAAAUAGAGACAUGGUGUCGUAUUUAUACUCUGUGACUCCAAUUGAACCCUUGACAUCUUGGGAUCGCAUUCAGCUCCUUAUUGCUACUAUUUCCACUGAUUUGUAUGAUACAGCACUUAAAAUUCUGGAUACUCAAUUAGCACCUGAAGAGAAGAAACUUCUUUGGGUUUCAUUGGAAAUGUUGGCCAGAAAACAUUCGGAAAUUGGCAGCAAAAGUCAGCCAUCAGUAUGGGAAAGAUGCUUAAACUCCUGCUUCAGAGGUCGGUUCUGCAACAAAGCUAUGAUGCAAGCAUCAGCCCAUCAAUUAGUUUACCGCCUUUGGAAAGCGCUUGAAGACGAAAAUUUCUCGUCAACUGCGGUUCAGUAUCAUAUGCAACUACUUCUCGAAGCUGCGCAAGUAGGGAACGUUGAAUUUCUAGUUAUCCUUAUACGCUCUUAUCCCGAUCUCAUAUGGCAAGUUGACAACGGAUAUGGAACUUUAUUUCAUGUUGCUAUAAAACAUCGACAAGAGCAUGUUUUUAAUUUAAUAUAUGAGAUAGGUGUUUUGAAGGGCAACCUUGCAUGCGUUUGCACCAAAAAGGGAAACAACAUGCUCCACUUAGCUGGAGAAUUGCCUUCUUUAGAUCGACUAAAUAUCGUAUCAGGAGCAGCCCUUCAAAUGCAAAGAGAAUUGUUGUGGUUUCAAGUACGAGAUAGAAAAGAUCGUGCCGAAAUCAUAUGUGAACAUGAAGAAUACAAAAGGAAAAACACCUAGGGAUAUUUUUGUGAAGACCCAUGAAGAACUACAGAAGAAUGGUGAAAAGUGGAUGAAGGGUACGUCAAACUCUUGCAUGCUCGUGGCAGCACUGAUUGCAACUGUAGUUUUUCCAGCUGCCUUUACAGUACCGGGUGGUAACAAUCAAGAAACAGACAUUCCUAUAUUUCUGGAAAGCAACUGGUUUACGGUAUUCUUCAUAUCAGAUGCGGUGACAAUGUUAUUCUCUUCGUCUUCAAUAUUAGUUUUCUUGUCAAUUCUCACAUCACGCUACACGGAAAAGGAUUUCCUCAUAUCAUUACCUCGUAGGUUGGCUUUGGGACUUGCUACGCUUUUAAUCUCAAUAAUAGGCAUGUUGAUAGCCUUCACUGCAGCCUGUUUUUUGGUCCUUAAAAGCAAAACAAGUGUUCCAAUCCGUAUAAUUGUUGGGGCGCCCGCCGUUCCAAUUAGUUUGUUUGUUAUCCUACAUUAUGGCCUUUGGUUGGAUAUAUUCCGCUCGGCAUUCUGUUCCAAGAGAUUCCUUUUUCGGUCACAGAAUAGGCUUUUCAAGCAAGCAAGCUAGCCAGGGCUAGAAUGACAAUUACCAGUCAAGCAAUUUCUCAGUAUGAAAUUUGAACAAAUAAUAAUGAUCAAGGCUUCAGAUUGAUCUUCAUUAAUUAGCUAGGAAUGUUGGUCUUUUCCGUGUGUGCGCGCAUAUAUAUGUGCUUCUCGUUGUACGUGCUUUCCUUCAUUUGCAAAACUCACGGGUAAUUACUGGGCUGCUACUAACUAUUAUAUGAAAGCUGCUACUUUUUAUUAAUUAGGACUCUCGAAACUCUCUUGUAACAUAAUUCUAUGAUGUUUAUCGUUAUAUAUAUAUAUAUAUAUAUAUAUUGGUGAAUAUUCUGAUAA